AUGAAACUCCGUUGUUUUGUGACAGCGGUUAUAUGGGUAGCGACCGUCACAGCGACAUUGGAAUCCAAUUCUCAUGGAAACUGGAGCAACGAAAAGGAAGUCUUAAAGCUGAACUAUGAACAUGAAGUAUCUACCAUCCAGGCAAAAGAAGAAAUAAAAAAAUAUCAAUCCGAGGACCAGUCAUCGGCAACAACAAAUCAACAUGAAAGAACCUUCAAUUCCUCUCAAACUGAUAAAUCCGCUAAAGAAGAAAACGCAGAGACAUUCGCUGUGAGAUUCAUUAGCAAAAAUAAAAAUAAUUUUGUAGUGAAUGAACUUCAACAACAAUUUUCUAAGCAAAUAGUCCAACCAUACGUCUUGCCUUUGAAACGAAAAAAUAUUGAAGAAGAUGAGUCAAUUGAUGAUACUUUAAAGUUAGAAAGAGUCAAUCAGAAUGCAACAGUUGAGUACAUUCCUUCUCAAGAAAUUACAGUGCAGGGUUCGAGCACAACCACCAAGUACAUCCCCCUUCAUGAAAACAGUUCCAACGACUUGGGUCAGUCAUCGAUUUCUGAAGAAAUACCGGGUAUUGAAAGCAUAGGUGACUUUGGUCAACGAGUUCGUUCUUCGUCUAUAUUCAGACAGAGAAGCAAUGAGAAUCGUGGACGAUUUAGACCAAGACAAUCUCUUUUUGAUGACUCUUCAUCAUCUGAGGAUUACAGAAAACAACAUGGAAAAAAUUUUCAGUCUUAUGCAUUCAAGAAACUGAAUGCUUCUGAUGAUCAGUUUAAUAUAUUUUCAAAAGCGCGACUUCCUUUUACACUGACAAAGGCUAUAGAAUCACAGAGGAUCUUGAAACAGAAGGAAAUUGAAGAAGAGUAUAGUGAUAGAGUAUCGACAACUACUUCUACUCCUGUGGUAUCAGUUUUCUUGGGCAAAUUUUCUGGGCCAAUUGUGGUCCCAGAUUUGCCACAUCAGAAGUACUCUCACACUACUAUAAGCGAUUAUACUGAGAGUAAUGAGGUGUCAAAGCCAAUUCCAGCAUCAGUGGAGGUACAGAAAAAGCUAGAGGAUAGCUACUUGGUAACGUCACCACUGGUUCUAAACCCUCUCCAAGUUGGUGUUGCUCUUAUGAAUGCAGGACAGGACUUGAAUUUGGAUAAUGAUCAGAGUAUUUUGACAAAAGAAUACUCUCAGGAUGAGAGUAUCACAGAACAGGUCAGUGACAUUGAUAAUGAGAGCCUACUUCAGAGUGAUGCACCAGAUUCGGGGAAUUCCAGCUUUCAAAGUGACCAGGUGUCACAGCAGGAGCAGAUCUCUGAAGUAGUGGCUCAAAAUUCUCCCACACAGUCAGUGGAGAUCCAGAAAUCUGUAGAAAUAUUUCACACAGCACCCGUACAGGAGAUUCACUAUCCUGUAGAGUUUGUUCCCCAUGUUCAGCAACCCCUGAUGAAACAACAUGUCCAAGAAGACUACAGAAAAUCAUUAAGGGGUCAAUGUAAAGAUCAAAGACCAAAUCAGAUCAAUGUCUACAGAACUAACGAAAUUGUAGAUGAAGGUCUUUCUUCUAAUAGCCAAGAACCCAGUCGUUACGAGUAUAAUGUGAAUGAGAAUGACAUUAUCUAUUCAGGAAGCAGUGGUCAGGUUGAUCAGACAUUGACUGUGGCUCGUCCUGUUGAUAAUAAACCAAUUUUUGGAGUUAAGGAGCAAGUAGACAGUACACAUUAUGAUAAGAUAAUAGCCAAACACUCCGAAGUUCAAGGAAUUCCUGAAACUAGCAUCAAGCAGAGUGACUAUGAGCUACCACAGAGUUCAUCUUUAAUUACUGUACAACCAGCCAGAGUGAUAGACAGUCUACCAAGUUUGGUGAAUGUAGAGAACCUUCAAGGGACCCAAGAAACGUCUCAAAUUAUUCUAGCGAAGGUUACCAGCGAACCUCCAUCUGAAUUGAGGCUUUUGAUGUCAACUCCACAGCCUUAUUCUGCAGAGAAGAGUGUCCACCUACCUCAUUCAAUAGACAUGGUUGAAAAAAAAGUGCCAUUUCUGGUGGAGAAAGUGAUAGAGAAGCAGAUAACCAUUCCUCAACCUUAUCCUGUACAUGUACCCAUAGACAGAGUAGUGGAAAAGCAAAUUAGAAUUCCUUAUCCUGUGCAUGUGGAGAAGGUAAUUGAGAAAAAAGUACCAUUUGCCAUUCAGAGGUUUAUUAUACCCCUACCAAUACACUUCAGGCUCCCUCAACCAAUUCCUGUUCCAGUGGAGAAGGUGGUGGAGAAGCCUGUGUCUAUUCCUGUUUCAGUAGAAAAGGUUGUUGAAAAAACAGUGCAUGGUAUAGCUAGACCAUAUCCUUUGGAAGUUGAAAAAAGACCAUAUGCCUUAGGAACUACUAAACUUGUAAAGUCAGCUCUAAUUUAUAAUGUCCAGAACGAAGGAAAUUAUCAACAGAUGAUCAGACAGAACUACCAGGCUCCAUUGGGACCACCAUAUGGAUCUGACAAUGAUCAAGGAUACUAUAAUUCUACAACACAGUUCUAUGGACCAGGUUACUUGGCUCUAAAUCGUCUCCCUGUUAGACAACCAUUGAUACACACGUUGCCCAAGAAAUUUGGGUCUUAUGGGAGUCAGUAUCCCCAUUCAGUGACACACUCAUUGAAUAAUAAUAAUGGUAACCCUGUGCUUUAUGGAAGAACAUCUGUAGAGAAGGAUAAGGUUAAGGAUGAAUACAUAGGACCUGUGCCAAGAAAAGCUCAAGCUUCAAUUGGAAUACAGUCUAAAUCUUUGUAUUCAUCACCUGAUCUUCCAGCAACUUUAAGAAGAACGAGGCAAGAGGUUGGCAACACUGGUAGCUUUAGACAAUCCAAGAUGGAAUAUGGAUUCAAACCUCCAAUGGUGCCUUCUGUGCAAUAUGAUGAACAAACAGCCACUAAAGUGGAGUAA